AUGUUGUCAAAUAUAACUAGCGACAUCAACUUCCAUAAAAUCAAUGUUUUCCUCCGGGACGGAACGGAAAACAGACACCCCACAAAAGUGGAUAUACAUCUACUUUCGGCGUGGAAAUCCUCCACCUUAACAGGGUACGCCAGCGCGGUCUCUAAAUUUGUCCGAUUCCAAAAAAGCGCCGGGGUGGGCGUUUUCCGUCUGCCAAUAUCGGAAGGAACUCUAGAGGAGUUCUGCAUCUGGGCAGGACGGAACGCAGUAUCUUCGAACGAGGGGAAAAUCUCUUCAACCUCCCUACGGAAAUACAUUGCAGGCCUGAAAGCCUGGCACGUGUAUCAUAACGUGGCAUUCCCAACGGGGAACAAGACGAGGAUCGACCUACUUUUAAAAGCGUCGAGCAGGGAGGAUGAGACGGCAACUAGAAGACCCCCCAAAUCACCAAUAAUGUUUUGGCAUCUAUCACACCUGUGGGUUAAUCUGGUACACGGCGACGAUUUCGACAAAGCGGUACUGGAUAUGGCAGUGGUCGCCUUCUGGGGACUCGCCAGGCUCGCCGAGCUGACGUACACCUCGGAAACCGGUGUCAUAAGCUUCAUGAAUUCGCUGUUAACGACAGACGUAACUUUAGGAUCCGACGCCGUUUUCGGCGAAACAGCCACCCUGACACUGCGUAACGCCAAAACAGCCUCGCCGGGUCACCCGCAACUAAUUACGAUCGCGGAACAGAAACACGUGUUGUGCCCGGUCCUAGCCAUCAAAAGGCGACUGUCUUCGGCGGAGGGGAAGAGAACAUCACUAUUUGGUUACGGCCAAGGGGAUAAUAGGCGACAUUUGACCAGACACCAAUCGGUAGCCCGGUUGGAGACGGUGCUCCUAGACGGCGGGUACACAGGCCUCAAGGGACAUUCCUUCAGGGUAGGGGGCACGUCCUUCCGCGCAGCUUUCGGUAUGUCGCAUUCAGACAUUUGCAUCCUGGGCAGAUGGAAGUCAAACUGCUACAAGCUGUAUCUCCGGGAUUAUUCCCCAGGCGAUGUGAAGAAGAGUAAGGCCCUAGUCAAACAGUUCAAGCGUAGUUGGUCACGGAUGGUAUCUUAA